GGCGGCGCGCGUGCGCGGGGCGGGCGCUCCGGGAGGAGCGGGGCGGGGAGCCAGGCCGGAACCGCGGAGCGGUGCGGGACUCACUGUGCGCGGAACACCCUAUCUCUGCGCGGAACACCCUGUGCGCGGAACACCCUAUCUGUGCGCGGGAGUCACUCACUCACUCUCUCUGUGCGGCUCGGUGCGGGCCGCGGAGCGCUGCCGGCCGGCCCCAUGUCGGCUCCGUUCGAGGAGCGCAGCGGGGUGGUGCCCUGCGGGACGCCCUGGGGCCGCUGGUACCAGACGCUGGAGGAGGUGUUCAUCGAGGUGCGCGUCCCGCCGGGCACCCGCGCCAAGGACGUGCGCUGCAGCCUGCGGAGCCGGCACAUCUCCCUGGCCGUGAGCGGGCAGGAGCUGCUGCAGGGUAAACUUUUUGACUCUACAGUAACUGAUGAAGGAACGUGGACCUUAGAAGACAGGCAGAUGAUACGAAUUGUUCUAAUGAAGACAAAUAGAGACGCUGGAAAUUGUUGGACAUCUCUGUUAGAAAAUGAAUAUGCUGCUGAUCCUUGGGUGCAGGACCAGAUGCAAAGGAAACUUACACUGGAGCGCUUCCAAAGAGAAAACCCUGGGUUUGACUUCAGUGGGGCAGAAAUUUCUGGAAACUACAGCAAAGGAGGACCAGACUUUUCUAGUCUUGAAAACUGAACUUUUUAUAUAUGAUCCUUCAGACAAAUUAUAUGUUACAGUUAAAGACUGGAAUCAUGUACCUGUUGAAGACUUCAGUGAUCUCUUCAAUGGAUUGUUGUCAAAAGUAAUUACUUCAGUGAAGAGAAAGAUCUUUUCCAGCAGAAUGAAGAUAAAAUAUUACCAGCUGAUUUAUAAGCUGUGAUACUAAGGCACAGACUAUAGAGAAAGGUGUACAUAAAAACGUAAUGUCUUUAAGCAGAACAUUUGGUUUGGGUUUUUUUUUUUUUAAGAAACACCAUAGUAAACAAAUCAGUAAUAAAUCUACUGCUUAUCUUAA